AUGGGGAACUUUGCCGCCAACGAGGGACUCUCUAUCUUUGUUAUUCUGGUCUGGCUGGGAAUCAACGCCUUCCUGUUUGUCCAUUUCUACAUGGCGUUCCUGGUGGAGCGCUGGUUCUACACUCGGGUGCUGCUGGGGCAAGCCUUGCCCUGGGCCAGAGCUCCUGCUGCGUGCCUCAACUUUAACUGCUUGCUGAUCCUGCUGCCGGUCUGCAGAAACCUGCUCUCUUUACUUCGAGGUACCAUCCAGUGCUGCAGCCGGACAGCAGCUCGUCAAUUAGAUCGAAACCUCACCUUCCAUAAACUGGUGGCUUACAUGAUCGCCUUCCAUACAGCCGUGCACAUCGUUGCGCACCUGUUCAACUUUGAGUUUUUCAUGGACGCGCAGCUGAACCGUAACAGCAGCUACCUGCCCUUCGUCCUGUCUGAAAUCGGCACCGGGGACAACGCCUCCUUCCUGAACCCCAUCAGGAGCAACGAGACGAGCCCCACCAUCGUCAUGUUCACCACCAUCGCCGGGCUGACGGGCGUGGUCAUCACGCUGGCUCUCAUCCUCAUCAUCACUUCCUCCAUGGAAAUCAUCCGCAGGUCAUACUUCGAGGUUUUCUGGUACACGCACCAUCUCUUCGUCAUCUUCUUCAUCGGCCUGGUGUUCCACGGUUACGGGCGUAUUGUGCGGGGACAGACUCCCGCCAGCCUAAAAACAAACACACCAGAUGUUUGCGCCAAUAGGUUCGAGGACUGGGGGAAGGAGGAGUCCAAUUGUACUGUACCAGGGUUUGCCGGAAAUCCACCGGGGACAUGGCAGUGGGUUUUGGGUCCGAUGAUCCUCUACGUGUGCGAGAGGCUUGUUCGGCUCUACCGCUCCCAUCAGAAAGUCGUCAUCACCAAGGUGGUCAUGCACCCCUCCAAGACGCUGGAGCUACAGAUGAAGAAGAAAGGUUUCCGUAUGGAGGUGGGACAGUAUGUCUUCAUCCAGUGUCCGUCCGUCUCCAGGCUGGAGUGGCACCCCUUCACCCUGACCUCGGCCCCAGAAGAAGACUACUUCAGCGCCCACAUCCGAAUCGUCGGGGACUGGACUCAGGCGCUGUACGAAGCCUGUGGGGGAGAUAAAACCGAACAGCUGGAGGCCUGGAAGCUGCCCAAGGUGGCCAUAGACGGCCCGUUUGGUACCGCCAGCGAGGACGUGUUUCGUUAUGAGGUGGUCAUGCUGGUGGGGGCCGGAAUUGGAGUGACUCCCUUCGCCUCCAUCCUGAAGUCUGUUUGGUACAAACACAUCCAGAACAACCAGGAGGUUUUCACCAAGAAGAUCUACUUCUACUGGUUGUGUCCAGAGACUGAGGCCUUCGAGUGGUUCGCUGACCUGCUGCAGUCUCUGGAGCGACAGAUGGCAGACAAAGACAUGGCCGACUUCCUCAGCUACAACAUCUACCUGACCCGAUGGAAGGAGACGGAGGCAGCUCAUUUCCGUGUCCACCACGAGGCGGAGAACGAUCCGAUCACCGGACUCAAACAGAAGACUCUUUACGGGAAACCAAACUGGGACAACGAGUUCACCAGCAUCGCUUCGAAGCACCCAGGGAGCAAAGUGGGGGUGUUCCUGUGUGGACCGCCUCAGCUCGGUAAAUCUCUGGAGAAGCAGUGUUUGUCUCACUCUGAGGCCGAUGUCAAGUUCAUCUUCAACAAGGAAAACUUCUGAACACCUUCAGAUGUUUCUUCAUUGGUCCACACCACAGAUCUCCUCUUCACUUCAACCAAAGUUGUUUGGUCAAGAUCUUACUAAGAAAACACAUACCCGUUCCGCUUUCCACUUCUUCUCUCUUUGGGGACAUUUCAAAGCCUCUUUUCCUUUUGGUUUGGUGUUUACGUCUGCUUUAAAUAGAAAGCUCAACAGACGGUGCCGUAUCUUUGAGUUGCAAAAACAGCAAACAUCCUGCCAGAGAAAUAAUAAAAACAUUCGGAGGACACGCUGCCAACAGUGUUCUGGUUUCACCCAAGAACAGCUGGUGACAUUUUCAAACAAUCUGAAGGAAACCUGCAACCUGCUCAAACGUGGGAAUAAUUUUAGCUAGUUUUAAAAACAGAUUGUGGAUACAGUGAAACUUGAUGUUAGGAGUUAUAAAUCCUUU